ACGUCUCGUUGUUGUAUCACUACUGCCUCAAAACUCAUAAAGCUUCUUCUUGACUCACGAGAACACCACCCACUAAAAGAAAUACUCAAAAUGAUGUAUCUCAACAAUCUCUAAAAGUAUCAUACAGUUUCUUCACGUGAACAUGACCGCCUACUACUAGAAAUACACAUGGAGAGCAAGGCAGAGAACUAGCGCGGUGUCUAAGAAUGUGGUUCUACGUCUUAAGUUUCUGCCUCGCGGUGUCUCCUAUCGUUGCCAAAGAGUUUGUGUUAACGCUUGGGUCUAGUAACUUCAGUGCUGUCGUCAGCAGACAAAAGUUCAUUGUCGUUGAGUUCUACGCUCCUUGGUGUGGCCACUGUAAAACUCUCUAUGCCGAGUAUGAGAAGGCUGCUUCAAUCCUGAGCAGGCUUGAUCCACCAAUUCCUCUUGCUAUAGUGGAUUCAAGCAAUGAAGUGAACCUAUGGAUCACAAGCCAAUAUGAGAUCAAAGCUUUCCCUACUCUCAAAGUUUUUAAAGAUGGAGGCAAAGUCAUUCAAGACUAUAAAGGUUCUCUUGAUGCACAAGGCAUUGUUGAUUAUGUCAAGAAGCAGAGUGGUCCGGCUUCUUUAGAUAUUAAGUCAACAGAAGACGCUUCUCACCUAAUAGGCGAUAAGAAAAUCGUUGUUGUUGGAGUGUUUCAUGAAUUGGCUGGUGAAGAGUUUGAAAACUUCAUGGUGCUUGCUGAGAAAUUACGUUCGAAAUAUGAAUUUGGCCAUACGUUGGAUGUCAAACUUUUUCCGCUCGGGGAGUAUUCUUACACAAGGCCUUUUCUUAGGCUAUUCAAACCAUUUGAUGAACUCUUUGUUGACUUCAUGGACUUUAAAGUGGAUGCCAUGGAGAAUUUUAUAGAAGAAGCUAGCAUUCCGGCAAUGCUUUUCAUGAAUUUCAGUGGUGAGUUAGCCGAUACAUUCAGGUCCAAUUUCCGCGAAGUGGCUGAGCAGUAUAGGAGAGAUGGAAUUAGCUUCUUACUAGGUGAUGCUGAGAAUACUGAAGGGGCAUUUCAGUAUUAUGGACUGAGAAGUGACCAAGUACCACUUAUCAUUAUCCAAAAGAAAGAUGGAGAGAAGUACAUGAAACCUAAUCUUGAGCCCGAUCAGCUUGCAGCGUGGGUGAAUAACUUUAAAGAUGGAAAAGUUUCAGCAUAUAAGAAAUCUGAACCUAUCCCUACGGAAAACAACGAGGCUAAAGUAGUUGUCGGUGACAACUUCGAAGACACCAUUCUCAACUCGCCAAAAAAUGUAUUGCUUGAGUUCUACGCACCUUGGUGUGGACAAUGCAAGAAGGUAGCUUCAAUCUUGGACAAAAUCGCCCUCUCACUAAAGAAGAAUACAAAUGUUGUUAUUGCUAAAAUGGAUGCAACAUCAAACGAUUAUCAAGUGACAAAAUUUGAAGUUAAAAGUUACCCAACAUUGUACUUCAAAUCCGCGAGGGGGAUGAUUUUUAAAUACCAAGGACACUUAUCAAAGGAAGACAUUUAUAACUUCAUUCAGACAAACCAAGACACAUCAGAAUCAGCAUCAUCUGAACAAAGGGAAGCAGAAACGUCCAAGGAUGAACUGUGAGAGUCCAUUAAAUUAUGUGUAAAAUCUCUGGUGAUUUUUCAUUAAUUACUAGCCUGUUCUGAUGACGAUACCUCUUCAUUUAUACCACUUUAUAUUACUGCAUUAUUUUUUGGAACAAAAUUAUACAUAUGCA